AUGGAUAAGCUUAAUAAAAUAACUGUCCCCGCCAGUCAGAAGUUGAGGCAACUUCAAAAAAUGGUCCAUGAUAUCAAGAACAAUGAAGGUGGAAUAAUGAACAAGAUCAAAAAGCUGAAAGUCAAAGCACCUCCAAGUGUUCCUCGAAGGGACUAUGCCCCAGAGAGCCCAGCCGACGAAGAGGAGCAGUGGUCAGAUGACUUCGACAGCGAUUAUGAAAACCCAGACGAGCACUCGGACUCAGAAAUGUACGUGCUGCCAGCCGAGGAGGCCGGGGAUGACAGCUACGAGCCGCCACCUGCGGAGCAGGAGACACGGACAGUUCACCCGGCCCUGCCCUUCACCAGGGGCGAGUAUGUCGACAACCGAUCAAGCCAGAGGCAGUCUCCACCCUUCAGCAAGACUCUUCCCAGUAAACCCAACUGGCCUUCGGCAAAGGCAAGACUGGCCACCUCUCUGCCAGCCAACACUUCACUGCAUAAACCUCAAGUCCCACCCAAACCCAAAGAGCUCCUUGAGGAUGAGGCUGAUUAUGUGGUCCCUGUGGAAGAUGAAGAUGAAAACUAUAUUCACCCUACAGAAGACAGUUCAAUCCCAUCUGAAAAAGCUCCCAUGGUGAAUAGAUCAAUCAAGCCAAAUACCUCCUCAAGGUCAGCCUCUCCUCCAGGGACAGCUCCAGGUCGCAAGAGUGGAGCCUGGGACUCCAAGUCAACUUCUUUACCUGCUGCGCCAUCCCCACUGCCCAGGGCCGGGAAGAAAACAGCUAUGCCACUGAAGACAACUCCAGUUGCCUCUCAACAGAAUGCCUCAAGUGUUUGCGAAGAAAAACCUAUACCUGCUGAACGCCACCGGGGAUCUAGUCACAGACAAGAAAAUAUGCAGUCACCGGUGUUUCCUCCUCCUGCCCCGAAGGCAGUUCAUCAAAAACCUAUACCUCUGCCAAGAUUUCCAGAAGGGGGAAGCCCAACCGUGGAUGGCCCACUACCCAGCUUUUCAUCUAACUCCAGUUUGUCAGAACAGGAAGCUGAUGUUCACUGUAAACCGUGGUAUGCUGGUGCCUGUGAUCGAAAGUCGGCCGAAGAGGCAUUAUACAGAUCAAACAAGGAUGGAUCAUUUCUUAUUCGGAAGAGCUCUGGCCAUGAUUCCAAACAGCCAUAUACAUUAGUUGUAUUUUUUAAUAAGAGAGUAUAUAAUAUACCUGUGCGAUUUAUUGAAGCAACAAAACAGUAUGCUUUGGGCCGAAAGAAAACUGGUGAAGAGUACUUUGGAAGUGUUGCUGAAAUCAUCAAGAAUCAUCAACACAACCCCCUGGUUCUUAUUGACAGUCAGAAUAACACAAAAGAUUCCACAAGACUGAAAUAUGCAGUUAAAGUUUCGUAA